GUGUGUGUGUGUGUGUUUAGGCAGCGUAGCAGAGCGGCUCCUCGUCCGUCUGGAGCGGAGCCUGGGUCAGAACCCGCCGUUCUGCAGGUGUGGGACGGAUCAGAACCAGAAGGUGGAGGAACCGCAGAACCAUGAGGAACGUCUGACCCCAGGAGAAGCAGAACUCCAGAAGGAGCUCCUCCUCGCUCAGUCCAGACUCCAGGAGCUCCAGGACGACCUGGCAGAACUACGGAAAGCGCUGCAGGACACGCGGAGCCAGCUGAGGGACAGCGAGGCGGAGAAGGGACUGAUGAGGACAGAGCUGGAGGCUGCCAGAAAGCGGCUGCUGGAGAGCGAGCGAGAGCGGAGCGAGCUGGCCUCGCUCGCCCAGCAGAGACUGCAGGAAGUGGAGGAACUGAGGAGGCUCCUUCCGGCCCGCGGCCCGUCGGACCAUCAGAACUCUCCGCGGUUCUCCCCAGCCGCGGCCUCCAGCGAACACAUCCAGCGGUACCUGGCGUCGCUGACCCAGGCGGAGCCUCGGAACCUCCGAAUGGCUGCGGAGCGAGACGGAACCGGGUCGGAGGCGCCAGAGUCCUGGUCCAACUGGAGCAGGAGGUCCGAGUCCAGCUUCAACACCAGAGACGAGGCGGCGUUCAGGGACGGCCUGGCAGCUCUGGACGCCAGCAUAGCCAGCCUGCAGAGAACCAUCCAGCUGGACCUCAGGAAGUGA